AUGAAGGAGAUUGCGUUUUUCAUUCUUCCGCUGGGCGGCGUGUUGGCGGUUCUCUUGUGCACGCCGCUCCAGUUUUUGCAGCGCGCGUGCAUCUCGUUUUCUUGUCUGCAGCUGUCCGUCGGGCGCCGCUUUUCUCUGCGGAUUUCCUCCGCGUUUUUCUUUUACUCGCUAUUCCGCUUCGCGAGCACAUGUCUGCGCGUGCUUAGGGACUCGCGCGCGUUCGACCCCGAGGGGCCCUACGGGGCGCAGGCCCCCGCGGGCCCGUGGGGGGCGCCUGCCCCCUCCGCGGCCCGGGGCCUGUCGCUGGACGUGCGGAGACAGGCGCAGAUUCUGCGGCACCAGCGGAACUUUUGGAUAACGCUCUCGGCGGUGUUCAUUUGGCUGUUUGUCUGGAUUCUCGCGAAGCUCCUCCACUGGUACUGGCGGGAAAUCGAGGCGCGCGAGAAGCAAGUCGCCGAGCUGCAGCAGCGGCGCCGCGCAGCGGCUGCCCGCCCCGCCGCGCUCGCGCCCGCGCCUUCCCCCCCCAGGCCUCCGCGCGAGACGCGCCCAGGCGGCGAAGUCGAAAUGACUGCUGCGGAACGCUCGCGCGAGGCCUCGGGCGAAGGCGCGAGAGAGACUCCGCGAGGCGAGGACUCAGCGGCCGCGCGCGCGCCCACCUCUUCGCGGCAAAGAGGCUCCUGCCGGCAGCCGCAGGCGCAGUCUCAGGAUCUCGUGGACUGA